AUGAAGGGCUCCAUCUUCGCUGCCGCCGCCGCGGCCAUUGGCGGUGUCAACGCUGCUUCCCACCACCGCCACGCUCACGGUGAGCUGUUCAAGAGAGGCGCCGAGGCCUCGGUCUGUGUCCCCGGAUGCACCACCAUCUACACCACCAUCCACGGCGAGCCUACGCUGGUUCCCAACCCUCCCAGCAAGCCUUCCACUGCUGCCAGCGCUCUCCCCUCCGCCGCCACCUCGGCCCCCGUCGCGCCCAAGCCCACGUCCACCUACAAGCCCCCCGUGGACCUCCCGACUCCCGUUCCCGAGAUCUGCCCUACCCCCGGCACUUACACCUUCCCGGCCACCACCAUCACCGUGAGCCAGACCACCACCGUCUGCGGCGCCCAGACUACCGCGGUCCCCUCCGGCACCCACACCUUCGGAGGUGUCACCACCGUCGUCCAGAAUGCCACCACGGUUGUGUGCCCCUACGCCACUGAGAAGACCACCAACGGUGUCGUCACCUCCGUCGUCGAGACCACCACCUACGUCUGCCCUACCCCGGGAACUUACACCAUUGCUCCCACCACGGUGACCGUUACUGUCCCGACCACCACCUGCGUCUACCCCGUCGUCACCACCGUCGUCCCUGGUACCUACACCCGCCCCGAGGUCGUCACCACCGUUGUCGAGACCAGCGUCGUCGUCGUCUGCCCCUUCACCUCUGAGGAGCCCAAGCCCACCACCACCUCCGUUGCCCCGGUCCCUACCACCCCGGCUCCCGCUCCCACCACCUCUGCCGUCGAGGCCCCCAAGCCCACCACCGAGGCUCCCGCCCCUGCCCCGACCACCUCUGCCGUCGAGGCCCCCAAGCCUUCCAGCGCUUCCUCCUCCGCCCCCAAGCCUUCUGCCACCGCUCCCUCCACCGGUGGCAACCUGGGUGGCUCUGGCGACCACUGGGCCAUGACCUACACCCCCUACGCUGAGGACGCCUCCGGCUCCUGCAAGAGCGCCGACCAGGUCGACUCCGACAUUGCCUCCAUCGCCAAGGCUGGCUUCCAGGUCGUCCGUGUCUACUCUACCGACUGCUCCACCCUCGAGAACGUCGGCUCCGCCUGCGAAAAGUACGGCCUCAAGAUGAUCAUCGGCAUCUUCGUCAAGGCCACCUGCGACCCCACCUCCCAGGAGAUCAAGGACCAGGUCGACGCCAUCACCGCCUGGGGCAAGUGGAGCAUGGUUGAGCUCGUCGUUGUCGGUAACGAGUGCAUCUUCCAGGGCCGCUGCUCUGCCUCUUCCCUGAAGCAGCUCAUCGUCUCCACCAAGGCCACCAUCAAGAGCGCCGGCUACACCGGUCCCUUCACCACCGCCGAGACCGUCGGUGUCUGGCAGCAGACUGACGUCGUUUCCGAGAUCUGCGACGCCGUCGACGUCGUCGGUGGACAGAUCCACCCCUACUUCAACGCCGAGACCGCCGCCUCCGACGCUGGUAAGUUCGUCAAGGGCCAGCUCGAGAUUCUCGAGUCCUCCCAGAUCUGCGGCUCCAAGGCUGCUAUCAACCUCGACUCCAUCCGCGAGAUCAUUGGUAGCAAGACCGUCUUCUUCUCCUUCAAGAACGACGAGUGGAAGGAGCCCGGCUCCUGCGGCUGCGAGCGCACCUGGGGUUGCGGUGACCUCUUCUAA